AUGAUCAAAGCACGCACUCUUCUAUUGGCUCUGAGUCUCGCUUUGGUGGGGCUUGUAGAUGUCGCGUCGGGGCAGACCACAGUGACAGUCAGCGCUACAGCGAGCCACCCUAUCCCUAGCACGAUGUGGGGACAAAUGUUUGAGGACAUAAGCAGUGGAGAUGGAGGUUUAUACGCAGAAUUACUUCAGAAUAGGGCUUUCCAGAUGGUCACACCCGAAGGAACAACCGCCGCACUUGCUGGCUGGAAAUCCCUCAACGGAAACAUCACUGUGGUCGCUGAUUCAAAUCCCGUAUCUGCUGCUUUGCCAAACUCCCUUCAACUUACUGUCCCUGCUGGUAACACUAAUAACAUUGGGUUUGCAAAUGUUGGUUUCAAUGCGGGGCUCAAUGUUAUUCCACAUGCAACAUACAAGGCCUCAUUCUACUACCGAUUCCAAAAAGCUUCCAAAUUCCGUGGUAGCUUCGUCAUAAGUCUUCAGGACGGUUCUGGAACCACCCUUACCUCGCAAAAAGUUUCAAUCACCGGCUCGCAGACGUCGUGGAAGCAGGUCAAAGUAUCCCUGAAUACAAACAUUGCACCUGGAUCGACAAGCAACAUGUUCGCUAUCACAUUAAAUGGAGAUUCGGCUGCAGGGGAGGUCAUUAAUUUUGCGAUGCUUUCAUUGUUCCCACCCACGUUCAAAAAUAGAGAAAAUGGGAUGCGGCAAGAUAUAGCUCAGGCGCUUGCAGAUAUGAAACCUUCUUUCUUCCGCCUUCCUGGAGGGAAUAAUUUGGAGGGACAGACUGUGAAUACUCGUUGGCAAUGGAAUAAUACCCUUGGAGAGCUUGUUGACAGGCCAGGUCGUUUCGGUGACUGGGGCUACGUCAAUACCGAUGGUUUAGGACUUAUGGAAUAUCUGCACUGGUGCGAGGACUUGGGAAUGCAGGCAAUUAUGGCCGUCUGGGAUGGGUAUACCUUAUCUGGAGCAAGCCUGGCUGAAAACCAACUUGCGCCUUAUAUCCAACAAGCUAUUGAUCAGAUAAAUUUCGUAAUUGGAGACCCUAAAAAGAGCGAGGCCGCUGCACUAAGAGCUUCCUUGGGUCAUCCCGACCCGUUCCCUCUCAAAUACGUGGAAGUCGGAAAUGAAGACUUCUUUGCGUCCGACACGUACGUUUAUAGAUGGCGUGACUUCGUCACUGCAUUGCAGGCAGAGUUCCCCGACAUCCACUUUAUUGCGACUUCUAACGCCUUCAAUCCUAUUCUUUCACCUAACCCAACUGAAUACGAUGUUCAUGUAUAUCAGACACCUACGUGGUUUGCCCAGAACUCCUUCUAUUAUGACGGCUUUGAGCGAAACGGCACCAAAUAUUUUGAGGGAGAAUACGCGGCUAUCUCAACUAACCCUGAUAACAUAUUUGGAUCUACUUCACAGGGUCGUCUGACCUUCCCAACCAUGCAAAGUUCGGCAGGCGAAGCUGCCUUCAUGACUGGAUUGGAGCGCAACAGCGAUAUUGUAUUUGCUGCCUCAUAUGCCCCACUUCUAGGACACGUUACACACAAUCAAUGGACUCCGAAUCUUCUUGCUUUUGACGCUGGAUCGGUCUAUCGCUCCACAAGCUAUUACGUCCAACAACUUUUCAGCUUGAACAGAGGUGAUGAAUACCUCCCGAGUACGCUACCGGAGCAGCUUGGGACGGUAUUUUGGAGUGUAGUAAGGAACACAUCGACAAAAGAAAUUAUCAUCAAGAUAUCCAACACAGCGAGCACUCCUUCCGCUCUCACAUUUGUCCUCCCGUUCAAAAACGUUGCCUCCAAAGGAUCUUUGCAACUUUUGACCGGCCCUGCAACGUCAAGCAACACCCCCACCAAUCCCAACCUCUUCGCUCCAGUUACCAGCACAAUUAUAACUGGUGAAACUUUCAACUACACGGCUCCCGCAGUCAGUGUCAACGUCAUUACUAUCAAAGCCUCCUAA